AUAGCAAUAAAAAUCGCAACUUUAAAAAAAAAAACCAUGAACUCGUCGGGGCUUCUAUUUCGCAUUCCGAAUCUCUCCCUCUCCAAUCGACUCCCCUGCCUUCGACUCCUCUCUCUCCACUCCUCUGCCAUUCCCAAUCGCACUCGCAAUCUCGUCCUCUCAGGAAGGAGGAGCUUCGGCCUGCGCGUUCGGAGUUCGAGUCUCGCCGCCGAGACCAUGUCGAGCGGACCCACUGAAUCGCCAAAGGAAGCGACGGAGGUGAACCGGGAGCUUUAUUCUCCUAUAGAGCCGUAUAGCUCGGGGUUCUUGAAGGUUUCCGAUAUUCACGGCCUCUAUUGGGAGCAAUCCGGAAACCCCAGUGGAUAUCCAGUUGUUUUUCUCCAUGGAGGUCCGGGAGGGGGCACGGCCCCCAGCAACCGUAGGUUCUUUGACCCUGAAUUUUAUCGGAUAAUCCUUUUUGACCAGAGAGGUGCAGGAAAAAGUACACCCCAUGCUUGCUUGGAAGAAAACACCACAUGGGAUCUUAUUGCAGACAUCGAAAAGCUAAGGGAACAUUUAGAAAUUCCAGAAUGGCAGGUAUUUGGUGGGUCAUGGGGAAGUACUCUUGCCCUUGCGUACAGCCAAUCGCACCCUGAGAAGGUUACCGGAUUGGUACUUAGGGGGAUCUUUCUGUUGCGGAAGAAAGAGAUUGAUUGGUUUUACGAAGGUGGUGCAUCUGCCAUAUACCCAGACGCCUGGGAACCAUUUAGAGAUCUUAUUCCAGCGGACGAGAGGCAGUGUUUCCUCAGUGCCUAUAGUAAGCGAUUGAAUUCUGAUGAUUUGGAAACACAGUAUGCAGCAGCGAGAGCAUGGACAAAAUGGGAAAUGAUGACUGCACAUCUACUUCCAAAUGAGGAGAAUAUAAAGAAAGGGGAUGAUGAUUAUUUUUCACUGGCAUUUGCAAGGAUUGAGAACCAUUAUUUUAUGAAUAAGGGGUUCUUUCCUUCUGAUUCAUUCCUGCUGGAUAAUGUUGAUAAGAUAAGGCAUAUCAACACAGUAAUUGUGCAGGGAAGAUAUGAUGUUUGCUGCCCUAUGAUGUCUGCUUGGGAUCUUCAUAAAGCAUGGCCAGAGGCAGAUUUUAGGGUGAUUCCAAAUGCGGGACAUUCUGCUAAUGAACCUGGCAUAGCUGCUGAGCUUGUGGCUGCAAAUGAGAAGCUCAAGAAUAUUGUGAAGAACCAAGGAUAGUGAAUUUGGUGUAAGAUGCACUCGACAGGGUAUAUGCAAUUUUCUCACCUACCUCACUGAAACAAUCUUGAUGUUGAUGCAUCCAGAAAUGGAUGGUGGUUGCAAAUAAAUUGAAAAUGGUUUGGUGCAAUGGCUUGCAGACUUUGAACAUGCUUCCUUGUCUUUGACAAUAUAUGCUCUCAUAUGUGCCAAAUGCCCACCAAAGCCUGAUUUAUUUUGUACAUGUAAUUUAAAAUUGUUUGUUGACUUGGAAUGUCAAGGAUAUGCUCAAUUUGCUAGAAAAUAAGCAGUGGAGAAACUUGAACGUGAUGGUUACAAAGUUAUUUGCAAAGAGGUCUGUGGAGUGUUUGCUGCACAAAUAGUA